AUGGUGGAGCAGAAAAGGUACGCUCUGUUUCUAGCAACUCUGGACUCAGAGUUUGUGAAGAAAGCUUACGGAGGUUACCACAACGUGUUCGUGUCGACGUUCGGAGACGAAGGAGAGCAUUGGGACUCUUUCAGGGUCGUCUCCGGCGAGUUUCCCGAUGAGAAAGAUCUCGAGAAAUACGACGGAUUCGUUAUCAGUGGAAGCUCGCAUGACGCCUUUGAGAAUCAUGAUUGGAUCCUUAAGCUUUGUGAUAUUGUCAAGAAAAUCGAUGAGUUGAAGAAGAAAACUCUCGGUAUCUGCUUUGGUCACCAGAUAAUUGCCCGAGUAAGAGGAGGAAUAGUAGGAAGAGCAAGGAAAGGACCUGAUCUUCGUCUUGGAGACAUAACCAUCGUGAAGGAGGCGAUUAAGCCAGGAAGUUACUUCGGAGACGAGAUUCCUUCGAGCAUGGCGAUCAUAAAAUGUCACCAGGACGAAGUCUUGGUGCUGCCGGAAACUGCUAAAGUGCUCGCUUAUUCCGAAAGGUAUGAGGUUGAGAUGUUCUCAAUCGAAGAUCAUUUCUUCUGUGUUCAAGGACAUCCUGAAUACAACAAAGAGAUUCUCUUCGAGAUUGUUGAUCGUGUUCUUGGUCUAGGUUACAUCAAGCAAGAUUUUGCGGAUGCGGCAAAGGCAACGAUGGAGAAUAGAGAAGCAGACAGGAAGCUAUGGGAGAAGAUUUGCAAGAAUUUCCUCAAAGGCAAAAUUCCAACUAAUUAG